AUGCCGCUCAUCAACGGUCAGAAGAUGGCCUGCGAGCCAUGUAUCCGUGGCCAUCGUUCCACCAAAUGCACGCACGCAAACGAGCGCCUGAUGGUACCUGUGCGGAAACCCGGCAGGCCUCUCAGCACAUGCCCGCACCCGCCGAGUCGUGGCUGCGGCUGUGGUAGUGUGACGGCCGCCAUCCCGAGGAAGCAGAAGUGUAAUUGCGGCCCGUCGACGCCCGCUGACUCCGACGUUAUCAAAGUCGAGUCUCCCGUCAGCGAGGCCGUUCCUACAUCGCCAGCUCGGUCCUCCACCGUGUCGAGUGCAUCGUACCGAGUCCAGAAGCAAAGUAGCAAACCCAACAGCCGAAAACAGUCUUUCGGACCCGCCACACUGGACCGCAUCGACAGCAGUCAGUUCAACAUUAUCCCGACCUUUGACGCAGCUCAGACGAUACCACCACACCUAAACGGCGGCAUGGAUGCCAUGGGAAUGCCGACGCCCAGGCCUAGCAUGGAGUACGGCCAAAUGCCCAUGAUGGGACCUGAUGGAAUCUUGCAGAGUCAUAUGGUGUUCCCCAUGUAUCAAACUCCCAUGCCACCCAUCAUGCUGCCGCCAGACGUCCAAAAGCAGUCCGGAGGGGUGACCAUGGCCGCGCCGAAGCCUCCUACUGCCAGCUCGGCAAUAGACAGCCCGAAGAAUGGCGGAGGCGGCUCCUGUUGCUCAGGAGGCGCCAAGAGCGCCAAAACGACUCCGCCAGCCAGCACCGAAUCCAGCCCAAAGGUCGCCCCGAAGCCUACCACGGGCAGCUGCUGCUCGUCGAAGAACAAGAGCCCGCCCCCGACGAAGAAUGGGACUCUCAACGGAACGCCGCUACCGCCUAUCAACGGAGUGGCCAUGCCGCCAUUCCAGCCGCCCCCGGCCCUGGCGUCGCAGGUGUUCCAGCAGUACUACCCCCAGCCGACGCUCUUCCACUAUCCAGCCAGCUACGGCUCCUACAUGACGCCACUCCAGCCCGCUCAGUGGCGGCAGACGAUGCAGGCGUUGCAGUACCGACAGGCUCUGCCUGCGAAUGGGUCAUACGACAUGUCGACGCCGAUGGUCUACGGUCAGAAUGCUUCGCCAGAUUACGUCCGCUCAGCCUGGCAGAGCAUGGUAGAGGAUUCCUACCAUCACUCCAACGGCCAUGGGCUGCACGUUGCGAAUGGCAACGACGGGGCCAGCGGAGCCAACGGAACCAACGGGCACGCUGACGGGGUCAACGGCGCCUCAGACCUCCCUCCGUCUCGGGAUGGCGAGCACACCAAAGCCCCUCGCCGGGGCGCGUUGAGCUCCCGCUCCCGCUCGCCGCGCGCCUCAGACAAUGAUCGCCGCUCCCACCACCACCGCCGCCGCUCCCCAGAUGCCUCUACCUCGCGCCGCCACGAGACACAGCAUCACCACCACAAACACCGCUCGUCCCGCCGCGAACGGCCCGCGCGGCAGCAGCUCCCCUUUGAGGCCCGCCCGCUGCACAAGUCGGACCUGGCCGCCUUCCGCCCGCUGUUCGCCUACUAUCUCGACCUGCAAAAGGGGCGCGACAUUCAGGCCAUGGACGAGCGCGAGGCGCGCGGGCGGUGGAAGUCGUUUGUCGGCAAGUGGAACGACGGUGCGUUGAGCGAAGGUUGGUAUGAUCCCGACAUGUUUGCGUCGGCCGUCGAGCGGGCGCGGGAGAUUGGGCUCGAUGACGAGCGUGACGAUGACAACUAUGGCGCGGAGGAGCAGCGGCGUGUUGCUGCUGCCCGUACGACGGCUUCCGAGGAUGGCGAGGCCGAAGCGCGGGACCGCGGGACCGACAGCGGCGACGACGAGGACAUGGGCCCUGCGCUGCCGCCAUCUGCGAGGGCGGGGGCUGCUACUGGCGCGAGGGCGGGGCCGGGGAUGCCGAGCCUCGACGAUGUGGCGGCGUCGCGCGAGCAGAGGGCCGAGGACGCGGCGCGCGCGCGAAGGGAGGCGGCGGAGGAUCUGCGGCACGAGAGAAAGGCGGACCGGCGGGAGCAGCGGGAGAAGCUGGACGAGCUCGUGCCGCGGGCCGAGGCCGGGACGAGGGAACGCAGGCUGGAGAAGAAGUCCAUGGUCAACGAGAAGAUGAAGGGGUUCCGAGAGGGGUCGCCGGGGGCGGCGGUCGUCGGGGACCGGGAACUCAUGGGCGGGGGCGACGGCGUGGAGGAGCUGCGCAGGGAGCGGGAGCGGGAAGAGAGGAAGAAGACGGAGCGGGAGCUGCGGCGGGAGGAGAUUGCCCGGGCCAAGGCUGCCGAGAGGGAGGAACGCGUGCGGGAGUGGAAGGAGAGGGAAGAGGGCACUAUGAAGGCGUUGAAGGAGCUGGCCAAGGCGAGGUUUGGCUAG